CACAAAAAAGAAAAGCAACAUCAAAAAGUAGAUGGAGGCUCUACAACAAUAACAAGCUGAGUACGCCUUCAAUUACACCACAAUAUCAAGGCCAUGUCGAUGCCGAUGCCUCAUUCUGCCCCCAUCCCUGGGGUAGACAACCCCGACACCUAUUCGCAGGACUCGGAACGGAUUGUGGAUAGCUAUGUUCAAGAAGGUAAUAGUCAGUAGAAGUGGUUUUUGCUCUGGUUCUACCAGUAGAAGGACUCUGCUGCUACUCUACUUUGCUCAACAACUUUCAGACUGAACGUUGUUUGGGUCGUGGUGCCUUCAUCACGACUCCAUCAACCUCCUACUACUACCGAAGAAGUGGAGAGCUAUGUUGAUAAUUGGAUAGAAGGUAGGACUUUGCUCUGGUUCUACCAGUAGAAGAACUCUGCUGCUACUCUACUUUGCCCAACAACAACUUUCAGACCGAAAUUCCCAUUCAGGUGGUGUCUUCAUCACGACUCCAUCAACCUCCUCUCCGUCAACCUCCUCUCCAUCAGGCAAAUUCAUUUCCGAGCGCGUCUUGGAGGAGCGCUAUGUGGUGGGCGUGAAGACAUUCCGUGUGGUGGAGAAGAUAGUCGAGGUGCCGCAGGUUGUGGUCAAAGAAGUGACAAAAGUUGUAAAGAAGCCGGAAAUCGUCGAGAGGAUUAUCGAAAAGCCCAAAGUCGAGAUUAAAGAUUAUGGAAGGCUUUGAAAUCGGCACUAGAUAUGAUGACUCUUUUGCGUCUGAAAAGAAGAUAGUAACCACGACCAGUUUUUUCUCCCGUUUCCUCUUGCUACCAAUACAGGAGAAUUGACGUGCUGAGACUAGGUUCGUCUUGCCGCACAUUCACAUACAAGCAGCACCACCCUCUAAUUUGAAGUAGUCAAAGAAAUACCGAUUGUGAAGACGAUUGAGAAGACGGUGGAAGUGCCGGAGGUAUUAGUUACAACUUUUGUCGCAUGUCUGAUUCUGCCUAGCUUUAACAAGAAGUGUAACCAAACUGUAAUAAUUGAACGAUUUCGAGCAGGUUGUACUACAUCUAGAAGAGUGACCACGUGUGGCUACUUUCUCCUCUCCCUCCCUCACGACCAGAUCGUCUACGAAGAAAAACUCACUUACGUGCCGAAGAUCGUGUAUGAAGACCGCAUUAUCGAGAUCCCGAAAGUCAGCUACGAGGAGAACAUCACCUACGAAGAAAAGGUGGAGUAUCGGGAAGUGGUUAUCGAUCGAGAAGAAGAGGAAAUCGUGACGGAAAAGCGCACACAAAGACGGUUUGUGGAGAAGCCAAUUGCCAUGCGGAUGCAUGUGCCGAUGAAGAAUCUGAAAUUGCCGCCAGAUGAUAUGUUAUGCUCUCAUGUACAUGUUGAUGUUCUAAUCAUGAUCGUAAGAGGUGUACUUGAUCUUCGUCUUCAUCGUUCUGUGUCUUUCCUCUAACUUCCGACAGCAGAGAGCCGCACGUGCUUGCACCAGCGGACAUGCAGGAGGUUAAUCAAACUGUCGAAGUGAGCAAGAUUCUAUUUUAAGGCUAUUCGUAGUCCUUUUUGUUUCUACUUUGUUUUCUUUGACGUUACAGAAGAAAAGAUCAGCGAUCGAUGUCCAUCCUAUCUCUUUGUUAAUAGCACAAUAACCUCAUCUUCAUACUCUAACUCUUUGACGAAUUCCCCACCAAAAAGAAAGUUCCUGUCCCAGUCUACCGUAUGGUUUUCCCGAAUGGCACCAAAAAAGUGGCGAACAGCAUCUUCGGUUAUCCGGAGUUACCGAAACCAAAGAGCUACCUGGAAGACACGUUGGGUGUGCCGUUUGACAAGCAGAAGGGAAGAAACAUCACCAUGCCAAGUAGCGCUGGAACUGGUAUGAAGGGAUCUUUCAGUACUAGUAGUCUUCGUUUUUCUUGCCGUUGAUGAUCAUGAAGUGUAAAAGUGAUGUUCCACACUUGUUAGCACGCCAAAAAAGACCAGUAUUAACUGUAAAAACUUACGCAAUGAUUAUGAUCUGCUGAUAGAUAUGUUAGCUCAUAACUACAUGAUACGCGUCUAAGAUCUAUAGUACCUUUUCCGAACAAAAUAAAAAUCGAGGCCCUUGGUCUAAAACUGAUAUGUUAGCUCAACAUAACUACUGCAAUCGUCCCUAUAUCGCAUUCACCUAAUCAACCUUUCAAGCCCCAACUUCAUUCUCCUCACUCCCGGCGCACCAACCAAUCUUGGCGUCAACGCGAAUUUGGUCAAUACUACGCGGCCACCGCCAGCGUAUAAUUAUGCUCAAGACGUGAGAGCAGCUGGCGCUUUUGGUAUUCCUGAAUCGAUGGCGAGUGGAUCGCAAUAUCGCCCAGCUCCACCAACCCUAGCGGCUGACGUCCUAGCUGCUGGAAGUGCAAGUAGCAGUGUGCACCCGUUUCUGCGGCCGGCGGCUGCGGUUGUGGCCUGAGUAGAAAAAAGGAAAGCUGUAUUGGAAAUUCUUUAUAGGUAAUUUUUUGUAUAAAUUCUUUAGUCAAUCGAAAUCACUCGAUCGUCUAAACAGAAACCCCAUGUUGUAUCAACUUUAUCUACUUGUUGAAUACUUAUGAUUCCUAAGACACUGUACAGCUAUACCUCGUAAAGAUCUUACUACUGACAAAAUUUUGAAUACUUCUGACAGGAGAUGAUCCUUUUCGUUUCGUUCUAUUAUCUUUUCCUUGCUCUCUCGUGCUCGUAAGAGAGGCUCAAAUCUACGUAUGACCCAAACUACGACGAGCUAAAACUUCUACUGACAACGAGAUGCACUCACAACCCAGAUAAAAGCAAAUUUCAGAAGAUCAGUCAAACAAAGCAAGAA